AGUGUUUUUUUAUCAGUUUAGACACUGGGGGUGAUAAACUGUCAACUACGAGAAGGCGGAGCAUCGUGUGCUGCGUUCGAUUGGGAAGUGAUACACGAGAAUUUACUUAUACGGAUGAUAACGUUAUAAAGUUGUAUUGCGGAACUACCCAUCGUGCAGACAGUACACAACUAAGCUCCUUAUCUCAGACUGAAUAAAUGCGAGGUCCCUGGUGAGAAGUACUGUGGACGGAAUGGAGGGCUCAGGGAAGGAGGAGUACAAGAUCCAGUCUUUUGACAUGGAAACUCAAAAGCUGCUUAAGACAGCCCUUAAAGAUCCCAGUGCUGUAGAUCUGGAGAAGGUAUCCAAUGUUAUUGUAGAUCAGUCUCUAAAGGACCAGGUUUUCAGCAAAGAAGCGGGGAGGAUCUGCUACACCAUUGUACAGGCAGAAGCUAAGCAGAACAAUGGUAACGUGUUCCGUCGUAAUCUCCUCACCCGCCUUCAGCAGGAGUUCAAAGGUCGGGAAGAGACCCGCAAGCGCUCUGUGCAGGAGUGGGUGUGCUAUGUAUCCUUCAUCUGCAACGUUUUUGACUACCUCAAGGUCAAUAAUAUGCCUAUGAUGGCUUUAGUGCAUCCAGUUUACGACUGCCUGUUCCGGCUCGCUCAGCCUGACUCUCUCGGGAACGAGGAGGAGGUGGACUGCUUGGUGCUGGCACUGCACCGCAUUGGGGAGCAGCUGGAGAGGAUGAGCCUGCAGCGCAUGGACGAGCUCUUCUGCCUGCUGCGGGACGGCUUCCUGCUGCAGGAGAGCCUCACCUCCCUGGGCCGCUUGCUGCUGCUGGAGGUCCUGGAGUUCCGGGCGGGCGGCUGGACCCUCAGUGAGACGGCACAGAAGUAUUACUACAGCGAGGUGGUUGACUGAGACUCGUGUGUGCUGUGGGCAUAGGGCAUGGUGUGGGAGGAGUGGUGGAUGAUGAUGUAGGUGACAGAAUAUGUUGUAGAUUUAUUGGAAGAAGGACUUGCGCAGAUUGAAGUGUUGAGAGUCUGUAGUGCUGGAGUUGACGAUGUUUUCCCAGUUUGAAUUAGCUUUUAAAAAGCUGGCAGUGUAUGCUUACUUUAAGAGGUACUAUGGGUUCUGGUAACUCAGAUAUGAAGGAUAUGGAUAAUAGUGUAUUUCAUUAUUUUAUUUUUGCAUAUGCACUAUACUAUUUGCACCAAUAUCAUUUCAUCACCUAUUUGAAGUCUGAGGUCUUAAAAAAAAAAAAAUUCAGACAUAAAAAACAGUCAUGAUGCACAAAGCUGAGGGGGGAUUCUGCAUGACCAAGGGAAGCAUUCCAGUGACAGAGCAUCAGAUCUGCAGCUGCAGUUGCUUUUUGCUUACAAUACAAAAACAGAAGUUGCCCUGUUUAAAACAACAGUGGAAUACAUGCUAAACAAACUAAACACUGCUUUUGCUCUUUGCACUGUUAACUUAAGUUAACUACAUACAUAUAUAAUUUCCAUGUUUUAUUUAAUAGGACGAUUACCUCUUUGAUGCUAAACAGGUUUGAUGCUUUAAGGGAUGGUUUGCCAAAUAUUGAAAUGCUCCCUUAAUAUCAGUGGGAAAUAUUCUCACAGGAGAUGGAAUUCAUUCAAAUACAUUGUUUAGCAUCUCAGCCUACACUGCAACACAAAGGAAAAACUGUUAGGACCCUUCACUGUUUUAACUCUGUACUUACAACUAAUAUAUGGGCAGACUUUGAUUUGAUGUCAAACUCUAACCUAUUGCAGCUUUAAAAUAAAUGUUUACAUAUGCAGUAUAUUUGAAGGCAUAGGAAAUAGUUCUACUAUGAAGUUCAUGUUAAACACUAACAGACAGUUAACAGAUCAGCAGGAGCUGUCACACUGGGAUAUAAUCAGCAAUAGUUUCAGAGUAUUGUUGCUGUGCCUUUCAAUCUUGCGAUUAUUAUAUUUUAUAGUAGCUCUGGAGAGUUGGCUUUCUUAGGGGUUACAAUCAGUUUGGGUUCUGUAAACACAUAGCAACACAUAUUGUGUUGAAUUGUGAGGUAGUAGUUUUGCAUUGUUAUGCUUCAGUUUAAUAAGAAUAUAUUAUUUGUUAAGAGAAAUUCAAGUUCAAACUAAUAAUUAUUUAAAAAGAACGAGGAAUUUGUUAUUUUGUAUCUUUCCAAAGAUGUAUUGAAUUUGUUGACACACACAGUACUUUAUAUUUUUGUUAGCUGUAUGAGCUGUUCUUCAUAAAUGUAUCAGCAGAUUCCAUUUGUUUUUAAUAACACAUGGACCAGCCAUUUCCACAUGUUAAAUUGUGCUUUGCUGAACACAAACAUUUAGAAAGAUUGCAUUUGCCAUAAGUUUUCAUAUCGCGUGUUUUGUAUAUUUCUACAAAUUUCUACAAAAGUCUGUUCACUUUUCUUAAGCGGUUGACUGAAUCCUUUGAACAAUGCUGGCUUCAAUAAAUAUUCAAUAUUUAAGGUGAA